GUGUGACAGCUCCGGGAGCCGGUCGGGACCCGCCGGGAUGGCGUCCAGCGCUUCCCGCGGGCCGCGCUGCCGGGAGCGGAGCCGCCGGGGCCGAGCCGGGGGGGGGGUCGGCACCCACCGGGCGCAGCCGGAGCCGCAGUCGGGGACGUGAGGGCGAGAUGCGAGCGCUCCGGGAAUUGUCGCCGCUCGGAGAUCUGGACUCUUCAGGCCUCUCCGAGGAAGCUAGCAAGUCCCCCCUCCCGAAAAAUACCCGAAACAAAAAAGGCAAAAGUGGCCCCCGUGACCCCAGUGGACAAGUACCCACGGAGAGCGAGGGGCACGGUGAGCCCUCGAGGACCUCGGAGAACGGGGCUGUGCCGCCCCCGAAGGCCACCAGGAGGUGUGGGCGGAAGCCCAAGGCGGAGAUGCUGCUCCUGAAGCUGUCUCAGGACCUGGAGUGUCCGGCCCCAGAGUCCAUCUGCGUGCAGAAGAUGCUAGGAAGCAGCGAGGAGGGUGAAGGCCCAGAGAACCCCCCUGGUGGGCGCCCCAAGAGGCGGGCAGCCAAAGUGGCUUUGCUGUACCUGCAGGAGCUGGCAGAGGAGCUGACGUCUGUGUACCAGCCUCCGCCUCCCACCGAGGAAGCCCAGGAGCCAGAGCUUGAGCGAGUCCCGAAGAAGCGCCGGAGCCGCAGGAGGAAGGAGGAGGAAACAGACAGCGAUGAUCCUGCGCAAGAUGCCGACUUUGUGCCCUCAAAGGAGGUGUUGCUGCAGGCAGAGGAGGAAGAGGAAGAGGGGAGUGAUGUGGGGCUCAGUGAGGCGUCAGAGCAGGAGCUGGAGCCUCUCCGAGCGCAUGGUGGGAAAACGUCGUCUGCAGGGAGAUCCAAGCCCCAGUGCCGAGGUAUCGCUCCCAAUGGCUUCCACAACUCCAUCAUGGCCCCAGUGGAGAAGUGCUCCAGCCUAACCUGCAGCCUGCGGGAUCAGAAGCACUCACAGUGGGAGUUUCCUGACUGGAUCCCUUCAGCACACAAAUGGACAUGUCUCUCUGAAAGUGAAGCGGCCCCAUACCUGCCAGCAGAGGAGAAGUCUCCCCUCUUCUCCAUCCAGCGGGAGGGCAUCAAAGAUGACGGAGUCUUGUACAGGGUGAACAGGUUUAGCUCCCUGCAGCCCCACCAGGAGCGCCUGGAUGUGUCCUUCUUCGUGGGUGGGCCUGUGUGGGCCUUGGAGUGGUGCCCGUGUCCCGCGGGCUCGGUCGCCCCGCAGUACGUGGCCGUGUACUGCCAUGGCAGCAUGGGGGAGACACACAGCACGGCUGGGCUGCACCACGGCCCCACGCUCCUGCAGCUCUGGGACCUGGGCACACUGCAGCCAGAGCAGGGCUCUGCCGACAAGGCCAGCUUGGCCUAUGCCAUCGCUGCUGAUCACGGCUGCGUCUGGGACAUGAAGUUCUGCCCCAGUGGCGCUUGGGAGCCACCCAGCACUGCCAGGACGCACCCGCAGAUGGGCCGGCUGGGGCUGCUGGCCGUGGCCUGCUCGGAUGGCAAGGUGGUCCUGUACUCCCUGCCGCACCCUGGGGCCCUGCAGCGUGCCAAGACAACCCAGGUAAAAGAUGAGUCCUUCCACAAGCACCUUAUCUGCAAGGUACAGUGUGUUGCCACGCUCCAGGUGGGCUCUAUCCAGGCAGGGAAUUCAUCUGAGUGCGGCCAGUGCUUCAGCCUCUCCUGGAUGCCCUCCAAGCCCCAUCACCACCUGGCAGCUGGUUUUUAUGACGGCACCGUAGCCAUCUGGGACCUGCUCACCAAGUCUCUGCUGCAGUGUGUGCGCCAGCCUGAUGGCUCCCUCAAGCUCUACCCAUUCCAAUGUUUCAUGGCCCACGACCAGGCGGUGCGGAGCAUCGAGUGGUGCAAGGCCGACAGCAACUUCCUGGUCACGGCAGGGAGCGACCGUAAGAUCAAGUUCUGGGACCUGCGGCGGCUCUACGAGCCCAUCAACAGCAUCAAGCGGUUCCUCAGCACCGAGGUGGCCUGGCUGCUCCCCUACAAUGGUGUCACCGUGGCCCAGGACAACUGCUAUGCCUCUUACGGGCUCUGUGGGAUCCACUACAUCGACGCCGGAUACUUGGGCUUCAAGGCUUAUUUUGUGGCCCCCCGCAAGGGAACUGUGUGGAGCAUAUCAGGCUCAGACUGGCUGAACACGGUGGCUGCAGGAGACAUCACCGGCGAGCUGGUGGCUGCAGUGCUGCCUGACCUGGCUGUCAACCCCCUCAACGUCAAGCGCUCCUCGGACCGCAGAUUUCCGGUGUACAAAGCCGAUCUACUGCCCUGUAGCCCUGCCGGGCCUGAGGGCAGCGUGCAGGCACUGCCCAAGACCAGGCUCUACAGCGAGAUGGUGGCCAAGAGCUACAUCCAGUUCCGGGACAUGGACCUGCUUCAAGAACCUGCCCAGCCGGGAGCCCGUGCGCAGGAUGCACACGCAGGAGGCGAAGGCAGAGCUGAUCCUAGACCGCCUGCAGCUGGAGUCCCUGCACAAGGUCCGCUUCAGCCCCAACCUGGACUCCCUGGGCUGGCUGGUGUCUGGCGGGCAGGCAGGGAUCGUGCGAGCGCACUGUCUGGCAGGACUUGCUGCCAGCACUGGCCGCCGGCUGCUCCCGGAAUGCCAGGCCCGCUUCUCUGCCCUCUAUGGGGACAAGCCUGGCAGCCCUGGCCCCCCACAGUGCUCCCCACUGCCAGCGGAGUAGUGCUGUGGAACCCUCAUGGUGCCACCACAUGCUGGGGAACUCUCGUGGCGCCAUCAUGUGCCGUGGGACCCUGGUGCUGCCACCGUGUACGGUGGAACCCUUGUCCUGUCACCACAUGUGCAUGCCUCAUCAGGAGCUGGGGCUAGGGCUGGCUGUGCUGUCCAAGAGGGCCACGUGUCAUUUUUGGUGCUUCUCAUCCUCUGGGUCCCUGCCUCCUGGGGCCGGGAUGGCUGCUCCUGGCUGUCACCUGGGAUGCUCAGGACACUUGUCCUUGUGCUCUGUGCCCAGAAGGGUCCCUCUGCACUGUUUGGGCUGAGCUGAUGCGGGGCAGGCAUUAGGACGCUUGCUUGUCUCUAGGUUGAGCUGUGGGUUGUGGGGUUCCCCCUGUGUGGGGUUGUGCUCGCUCCUGCCCCCUGUCCCCUGCUGAACCCUCCUGUGCUGUUGCAGGCCAGGGCGGUGGGGCCAGUGGAUGCUGGAGCUCUGGAGUCGCUCACAUUGAGCCUGUGUUCAGCUGUGCAGUAAAACGUGGUUUGUUUUGUA